CUACACGUCGAACCCGGGAAGGUGUACAUUCCUUUGGUGAUCUAGCGGCUUGAAGAAAGAAAGAAAGUACAGGAAAGAUGUCGUCCUGGACAGGACUCCAAUCUGUUCGAGAUUGUCAGACCCAGACCUUAAGUCAGGAUGAGCUAGAGCUGGCAUCGAUGGAGGCAGCAGAGAACGCGAAGAAUCACCAGAGAGAACCAGAGGCAUCCGUGUCAAGAGACGAGAAAGGAGGGAAAGAAGAUCAGCCCUUGCUGUAUGGCACCGAUACAAACCAAGGCAGGCAGGAGGAUGAGAAGCCACUGAAUGGCACAUCAGCACAACCUCCUUGUGGAAGAGGUACAGGAGCAGAUCAUGGCGGAGAUUCAGGGACAGAUCGAGGGGCAGGGGGAAAUUUUGGCAAAGGUCCAAAUGCUCCUAAAGAUCCGAAUGCUAAAGCCAAGAAAGUCGCCAAGUAUGUUAUUGGGUUUACCGCAGGGGCAGCUGCCAUCGGUAUUGGAACUUUUGUAGCAGCGCCUUUCGUACUAGCAGGCAUGGGCUUUACUGCAGCUGGCAUUGCAUCCGGCUCUAUAGGUGCAUCCAUGAUGUCAGCAUCGGCCAUUGCAAGCGGAGGUGGAGUCGCUGCAGGGAGUGCUGUGGCUGUACUGCAAUCUGUUGGAGCAGCAGGCGGAUUAGCCGCUACUGCUUGUGCUGGCGUAGGUAUUGGGGGUGCAGCAGCUAUCACUGGUCUGGUUGCAGCAGGAGAGGUGACGGUGGGCGCAGUGAGAUACAUUAAAAAACAGAAGAACAGAUGCCCAACUGAGGAUGCAGCUACCCAGACAGAUCCCAAACUGCCUGAUCGGUCUUUUUCUAACUUAGGAUAUCAAAGACUUUUGGAAAAGCAACUUGAGGGUAAUGUCAGUACCCCUGUUGUAUUCCAUCCAUUGCAAUAAGUUUAAAUGAUGAAAAGAGAUUACGCAUAAGAAUUGAUAAUAAGUUUAAGAUUUUUAUUAGGAACAGAUAGAUCAGGGGCUAAAGAAAAGAAAAUUACAGGCAAUACACCUAGUGAUACAUAUUUUUUGUUGUUAGGUAAUUACUAGUUAAUUACUACACUUUAAUAAAUAUAUUGUUGCCAUGCUACGGAUCCACCAAUGGCCACGAAUACACACAAAAUCUAUUGUUGGAAUUUGACAGGUACUGCUAUUCAGUGCAUGUUAUUAAUUACGUAGGCAAAAACCCUCAUCAGUCGUGUGUAACAGUGUCUGCUCUAUGAGACAAUUGGCUCUGUACUGUAGAUACUCCAGACACAGUCAGUCCUGACUCUUGACGUAUCUACAUGUAGGCUCCGCUCUAGACUUUAGGAAUUGUGACAAAGUUUCAAAUGAGAGUCUAUGCUUUCGGACUAUGUUCAUGUAGGGGAACCAGGUUAUUUCCAAUAUUAAUUUCCAGUAUCUCUGUAUAGGUGCUCUUAUACAGUAUUAUGUGUAGCUCAGAAAAAAAAUGAUGACAAAUUUAUAAUAUGUAAUGCACAGUGUCAGUGAAGAAAUUGCGGUCAUUUUAACUAUGGUCAAAUAUUUGUCUCGUAUUUUAAACCCAUCUAAAACGGCUUUUAAAAAGCAAUCCUUUUCAAAGAAUACAUUGCUAGGAUUUUCUUCCAAACUGACAAUGAAAAAAAAAGCUAAAGCCUCAAAAAUUUGUUCUUAUUAUAAAUUAAUUGACACAAUGCAAAAGGCCCCCUAAGGCCCCCUCCAUUUUCCUAAAUUAGCCUAGAAGUCGAUCCUGUUUUUCUCAUGAAGAUGUUUUCUUCUAAUAUACUCCUAUAUCAUGUAAUGUAUGGUGUGUUUUGCUGUUUCAUUUCUGUACAUCAGAUUUUAAUUGAUUUGUUUUAUUUAAAAUUAAAAAAACAGAUAGGCUUUUGAAGAGCGAUUCUUUUCAGGAACACAUUACCAGGAUUUUCUUUCAAACUGACAAUAAAAGAAGAGGCUGAAAGCUCACAAAAUAUCUGUUAUUAAAAAUUAUUAUGAAUAAAUUUACCAAAUUAACAUUGUGUGUUAUAAUUGUUUGGCAAUAUACAUAUACUAUCGUUCAUAUUUUUCAGAUCGGAUGUCUUGUCUACUUGUGUUUCGUUGUUGUUCAAUUUGCACGCAGCGCAAUUAUCCAUCUAUAUGUACAUAAGAAAUUAUUCUAUUGACAGAUAAAGAACUGCUUGGCUUGAUUUAACAACUAUUUUAGGCACAUUUAAAACUUCUUUAGGCCACACAGUUUAUUAAUCUUCGGAUAUUCUCUAAAUGCUAAAUGCCUUGGGUUUUUACCCAACAUAGUGUCUGUUUUAUUUGGUUAGUUAAAAUACCAAUAUGAACUAUAUAUAUACACUGUAUAUAUAUAUAUAUAUAUAUAUAUUUUAUAUUGGUAUUUUUAUUGGUAUUUUUAUAAAUGUUAAUACUGUUGCUGCUUUUCGGGUGCUUAGAAGUGCAUGACGGUUGAAUCCCCUUGUUGUCCGGGGCAAGUCCCAGGGCAAGUCUCGGGUUCAACUCCAGACAGGUACCCAUAUAUACCACAAUUUGAUUCUACAUUAUUUAAUUGAACCUUCCUGCCUUUCAUUACGCACGAAAAGCAGCAACAGUAUUAAAACAACCCAAUCAAGUUUUACAUAUGACUAUGACUGAUGUGCUUUUAAUUAAUUUCCCUUCAUCUCCACGUCUAUCAAGCGCAUAGUUAACAUAUGUAAGCAUGAAUAUGUAUAAGGUUCCUAUUAACAUUGUUGGUUACUUGUAGUUAAAGUGUAAUACCAUUUCCCAAAUAUUCCAUAAAAAAAAAAUUGAAGAUUAUUGUAUAUUGUGAAAUCUUGUUUGAUUUGCUUUUAUAGUUAUAUUAAUAAAACACGAAUUUGAAAUUAAA